AUGCCCGACUUUCCCGACCUUUCAUACAGCUAUCUCUACUCAGAUCCUCCAGACCCGAAUGAACAACUCCCUCCGUUGUUCUUCAACACGCUACCAUACCGCAAAUCGCGAUUCCAUGAAACGGCCACGUCUACGUCGCUUGACGUAAUCGAAAGAAUCGCUCAAGACUGGUCCAAGAGUCCAGAGUCCCUUCUUUCUCGAGGAUGUGUCGCUUCUACCGGUCAUAUGGUCUCGUGGGUUGCGCCCGAAUUGCCACCUGAGUUGAUCCCGGUGAUAACUGAGAUGAGCGAACUGCUAUUGCAUUAUGACGAUGAGAUUGAUGCGCUCGAUGCACAAAGGAAAAAAGACACCCUCACUGAUUACACCCUGGGCCUCCUGUCGAUGUGGAAACUUGGUCAACCGCCAGUGUUCGAGUAUGAUAUAAACAAACGAUUUGACGUGUUGAAUAAUGUGCCCGACUUUGCGCCAGAUGUAAGGUCGCUGAUCUUCCAAACGUCGAUAGAUAUGAUUACUCCGCAGUCGACUGGCAGCCAGUCCGGCAUGUCGUUUGAAGAGUACAAGAAAACUCGGAUGGCCAGUUCCAUUGCCAAACAAACCCACGAGCUCGUUGCUUACAUGCAGGGCCUGCGGGUGAGAGAAGAGGAAAGGCAAGCGGUGUCGGAAAUGGUCGGUUAUGGUGUUUUAAGCGUAUCCCUGUCAAACGACUACUAUAGCUUUCAUCGAGAGUUUGACGACCAUGUCCGUUCUGGAAGUCUUGAUGCGAUCCACAAUGCAAUGGCGCUGCUCAUGACGGAGUAUGGAUAUACCGAGCUUGAAGCAGGAGAUAUCCUGAAGCGAGAGGUACUUGCCGCGGAAAAGAACCUGAUGGAGCAAUACAGCCAAUGGGAGAAGUCGUCCGUGCCUAAGUCGGAUGAUCUUCGCUCCUACCUCAUUCUUUUCAUUCUAUCAACUGGCGGAGCAAAUUACUGGCAGGCUCAAACCCCCAGAUAUACCGCCGGUGGGUUUACAACCACUGCCGAAGAUCGAGCUCGGUUGCUUCGACCGCGACGGGACCCGGUCCUUAAACUAGGAGGACAUCCGCCUCCGGCAGCGCUCGAUGGGAACCAGAAUGAGACGGUAAACGGAGAGAGUCAUGAAGCAGAGUUCCCGGGACCCAACGGAGCAAACGGUACCGUCUCGGGAAUCGAUGUUUGCGCACCAUUUCAAGUUGCCGAUGCCGACGAGAUUUGUAUGGCUCCGUUCAACUAUAUAAAGGCUCUUCCUGGCAAAAACACCUUGGCCAAAUUCAUCAAUUGCCUACGAGUGUGGUUCAGUGUACCAGAUGAUAGCUCUUCACUCCUGAGAGAGAUCACGGUCAUGCUUUUCAAUUCAACACUGCUAUUGGACGAUAUUGAGGAUGGUUCAACACUUCGCCGUGGUAAACCCGCUGCACAUCUCAAAUUCGGACUCGGUCAGACCGUCAACACCGCCACGUUUCUGCAUGCGGAGGCCGUAGGCUAUACUCUUAAGCAUCUUGGCCCCGAUUGUUUGAAAAUAGUACUAGAUGAAAUCAAAACACUUGCUCGCGGCCAGGCGCUAGAUCUUAACUGGACAUUCAACAAGACUCGUCCGACUCUCAAUGAGUACUUCAUCAUGGUCGACCAUAAAACUGGAGGAUUUUUUCGACUGCUACUACGUGGCCUUUGCUCUGUGACAGGCAGUGAACUUGACCAUGACCUGGGACAUUUGAUUACCCUCAUUGGGAGAUAUUAUCAAAUCCGCGACGAUUAUCAGAAUCUCGCGUCCGAUGAGUACACCGCAAAGAAAGGUUUCUGCGAUGAUCUUGACGAGGGCAAGUUCUCGUUUCCGGUCCUCCACUUGCUCGAGCAUAGUCCGAAGUCAGACGAAUUGUUCAAGAUCAUCUACGGAGAGGACAAGAAAGCGCAGCUGUCGCAUGCCGAAAAGUUACGUAUUCUGGCUGAGAUGAAGGAGGUCGGGAGUCUGACGUAUACAUUGGAGGUGCUAGAGAAGCUGUUUACUGCAAUGCUUGAGACACUGGACAGAGUGGAGGAGAGGAUGGGCAAGAAUAAGCCGCUGAGAUGUCUGAUGCUCAUGUUGAAACUAUAG